AUGGUGGCGCAGACGGGCGGGUCCCGCGGGGCGUGGGCCUUCGAGUCGCGGCCCAAGGCCGUGUCGACGUCGCGGGCGAAGGCCACGCCGACGGCGGAGCUGUUGAACGACAUCGACGGCCCCCUGAACAUCAUGAGCGACCCGCGCGUCGUCCGCGGGUCGACCUACAGCCUCUACCGGUCGCUCCCCGGCGACGGCGCGCCCAUGGAGGACACGGUGCCGCCGACGCCCGGGGGCGCGCCGGCGCGCAAGGCGCGGCGGAAGAAGAAGAAGGCCGACGGCCGGUCCAUCUUCGACGCGAAGCCCUCGAGCAACUCGAAGCAGGCCCUGGACCUGACGCCCUACCUCGUCGAGAAGGAAUACGCGUCGAGCGCCGUCGAGGAGGCGGCGCAGACCGACGGCUUCCUCGAGCAGCCGCCGCCCGCGCCCUUUGCUCCGCCGAAGACGGGCGUCGACGCGUCCACGUCCAUGGAGGACGACCAGCCCUUCGUCUUCAACAACGAGGUCCAGCCCCUCCUCGCCGUCCUCGUGUCCAAGACCCUGGAGCAGGCCAUGCUCGAGGUCGAGCAGGAGGAGGAGCUCGCGGCCAUCGCCGACGACAUGUCCGACAAGCUCGCGCGGCAGGCCGCGGAGAAGGCGCGCGUCGAGGCCAUGGAGCAGGCCGAGGUGGACCGGGAGAAGGCCAAGCUCGGCGACUUCGAGUCGGCGCGGGCCGCCCUCGUCGAGGAGCAGACGCUCGCGCGCAAGGUCGCGAGCUCGCGCCUCGUCGACCAGCUCCUGCCGGAGAUCUUCGAGGGCGCCUACCGCCACUUCGAGGACCGCGGCUCCUGGGUCGAGCCCGUGCUCCACGAGAUCAAGGCGACGACGCUCCCCUGGCUCUACGCGCGCGUCGACGAGGAGCUCGGGGGCGCGGACCUCGGCGCGAAGCUCGUCGACGACCUGCUCCAGUACUGCGUCGACCAGGCCAAGAUGCGCGAGCCGGAACCCGAGCCCGAGCCCGAGCCCGCCGACGAGCCCGAGGCCGAGGCCGCACCCGACGGCGACGCGCCGCCGGCGGACGACGCCGCGGAGCCCGCGGACCCGGCCGCGCCCGAGCCGGGCGACGACGCGCCGGCGGACGCAUAG